CUGGUGGUUGUGGCAUGAAGAGAGAGAGGAGAGGGAGAGAGAGAGGGAGACUGAAUCGGUUAAAAUAUGGGUGGGUGGGCAAUUGCAGUUCAUGGUGGAGCAGGGAUCGACCCGAGCCUGCCGCUGCAGCGCCAGGAAGAGGCCUGCCAAGCCCUUCUCUCCGCUCUCCAUCUCGGCAUCUCUGCCCUCCGCUCCGCCUCCUCCGCCGUCGAUGUCGUAGAAUUAGUGGUAUUAGAAAGUAGCAAAGGAAGACAAAAAAGAAGCUCCGGAUAUUGGCCUUGCAAUUGUUUCAGGCCAAACUGCUGUCCAUGCGGUUCGAACUCACUCGAUCCAUGUUUAUGGAUCCUGUGGAUUAGGUUCGGUUCGGUCAGGGAACUCGAAUUAAACCCCCUGUUCAAUUCGGGUUGUGGAUCGGCUCUGACAGCACAAGGAACGGUGGAGAUGGAUGCUAGCAUUAUGGAUGGCUCUACAAGGAAGUGUGGCGCUGUAUCGGGGCUCUCCACGGUUAAAAAUCCGAUCUCUCUUGCCCGCCUGGUCAUGGACAAAUCACCCCAUGCAUAUCUUGCUUUUGAUGGAGCUGAAGCCUUUGCAAGACAGCAUGGUGCAGAGAUUGUGGACACAAGUUUUUUCAUCAUAGAGGAGAAUGUUAUCAGAUUAAAGCAAGCCAAAGAGGCCAAAAGCAUCCAGUUUGAUUACCGGCUUCCUAGCAAAGGAUGGGACACAUGCGCAUCUGAAGCAGAGCAGAUGGUGCAGAUGAACGGGGUGCCAAUCAGUUUGUACUCCCCUGAGACAGUUGGUUGUGUGGUGGUGGAUGCUCUUGGGCGGUGUGCGGCUGCCACCUCGACUGGUGGACUCAUCAACAAGAUGUGUGGCCGUAUUGGUGACUCACCACUCAUCGGCGCUGGGACUUAUGCUUGCAACAUCUGUGCAGUGUCUGCAACGGGGGAGGGGGAGGCCAUCAUCCGAGCUACGCUUGCGAGGGAUGUUGCUGCCCUCAUGGAAUUCAAGGGCAUUUCCCUCAAGGAAGCCGUGGAUUGUGCGAUUCAUGAGAGAUUGGAAGACGGCAAGGGCGGGCUGAUCGCUGUUUCUAACGAUGGCCAUGUCAUCUGUGGCUUCAACACCACCGGAAUGUUCAGAGCCCUGGCCACAGAAGAUGGCCAUAUGGAAGUUGGUUUAUGGGAUUAGCAUAUCUGUUGCAUUGCAAACUUCUGGUUUGUUAUGUCAUCACCCUAGAGGGCCUGUGUUACUAGGCUCUUUAGGGUUUGGUUUUCAGUGAAAUAAUGAACUGCUGCAAUUAAAUGGUGGAAUAGUGAAUUGUAACCAGUAUUUAAGGUUUGGAUUGAAUGGAGCAGGAAGUGGUAUGUGAAUA